AUGAAAUAGUGUUAUGCAGUAGUAUGUGGCUGUUGCCCCACCAAAUCUCUUUCAUGUUAUAAUAUGGGAAAGAAUUGAGAAUUAAAUUUUGUGGGUGUCCCUGAAACCAAGUGUAACCGCACAAAAAAAGAAGAGGGAAAUGCUAUCGAGCUCACUCGCAAAAUCCAUAGGAACAAGUAGAAGAAGAGAUGAAGUAUACGUAGCAGCUGUGCCUUUAAGAGCCGCAAAAGGGCCAGCCCAGUUGGUGAUGUCCACUGCUUACUCUCUCAGUUUGUGGGAUUUUCAGCAUUUCAUGGUCAUCAUCAACCCCUCCUCCUCCUCCUCGAGAGCUUUAGUUUAUGAUUUCCAACCUGAAGAUCCUGAAAGCAUAGCUGUAGCUGUUGCAGCUCUAUCUGGCAGAAAUGUACCAGGAGUUGUUCUUACUAGGACACUGAAGAAGCUGCCAAAAAGGAAGUGCUGGUUUGUUGGCUAUUCAGAGAGUGAUGCAAUAGAUGCGGCAAACAGAUUCAACCAAGGAUGGGAUACUGACUUGAGGAUUAACCAUCAUGACUGUCGAAACUAUGCAAAUGGACUUGUGGAAUACCUCACUGGAAUGAAAGCAGUGCUGGAGCACCUACGGAGCAGCAGCACAAGAGAUGAGAUGGCAUUACCCAGAAAGGACUAAAGCAUAAUACUACUUCUUGUCAAAAAUGUAUAAAUUAAAUAAACCGCUUGACACUUUAUCUGUCAAUAGAAGUUCUGCAAAUAUAUGCUCACAGGCGUUACUUACUGUAAUGUGUAAAUCACUUGUAUUCUUGAAUAAACUCUAGUCCUCAUAGUAACUUGAUAGUAA